GUGAAGAUUAGAAGUUACAGCUACCUGUCUCUAUCUUCUACAGUUUAAGCUAUUUAGUUUGUCUUAACGUACAAGAUAAUUAGAAGAGUAGACAGACGUAGACGUUGGCAAUUGUUUGGUAGACCCUUAAGAAUCUUAGGUGUAUCUCUUUAGUUUGAAGGUGAAGUCCUUGGUAUGGAUAUGAAGAAGCAGAUUAUGGAUGGCUCUGAGAAUUUGGGAUUCAAGAAGUCAUCGAUGCCGCCUCCCCCUCCUCCGCUUCCUCCAUCUCCAGGAUAUGUAUCAAGAAAGAUCGAGGGAGAUAGCAUAACCAAUAAACAGAUCAAGAAGUUCUGGAGGCAGAAGCAGAUCAUUGAAGAGGAGCAUCUCUUUGCUGCUAUUAAGGCUGCAGCUCGUGUCAGAGCCCGUAAUCUCUCUGAUGAGGACUACAAACGCUUUGAAGAAAGCUUGGACAUGGAGGAUCCAGAAACCGAAGUUCAUGAGGGAAUUAAAGACUGGUGGAUGAAGAGUAAGUACGCAUACUUGAACCAGCCUGCUCUUGGAUCUGCAGAUUCACUCAAGAGAAAGAGGUUUUCGACUUAUGUACCAAACUAUUUCUCAUUCAAGCCUUGCAUUCCUCUCUAUGCAACUUCGCUUAAUGUCUUUUAACUAUGGGAAAAUUCUCUUGCGUAUAUGUCUACAUAUGUGUGUGUGUUUGUGUCUUUGUACAUUCAUGUGUUACUGUGUUCUAUGUUAAUGGAUCUGGACUUUGGUGUGUGGUUGUUUGAUUUGCAAGUGUUGAAUAAAAUUCAUUCUUACUAUGGAACAUUA